AUGCUCCAGCGACGUGCACACCACGCCGGGCACUCGCUCUCGCAGCCUCUCUCUCCAACGCCCCGACCCGCCCGCUCUCCCCAGCAGCAGGGCUCUCGCACGCCCUCGCCCUCGCCCUCGCCCAGCGCGACAUUGCGCCCGCACCCUGCCCCGCCCUCGUCCGCGGCGUGUCCUGGCCAGCGCCUCGCUGCUGCGAGUCCACCGCACCCGACCGCGGCCGUGGCCCACGACACAGCGCCCACGGGCUCCCUGCGCGAGCUGCGAGCCCACGCACCACGCCUCCUCGCCGCCCGCCCGCUCUACCACGACGGUCCGCGCUCUCCUCGCGACAGGCUUGACGCCUUGCUGGCCGACGAGGACCUUCGCACUCCACCACCGCCCUCCACCCCGCGAACAUCCCCCCGGGGCGGCACCCAGCCCGCCAGACCCUCCGCGUAUGCCCAGCUACGAAGCGCCUCGUCCCCCGUCCCGUCCUCGGCUGGCACCUCGCCCCCAGCAUCGCCCGUCGCCAUGCCUCCUGCGUCGCGAUCAACCAGACCAGAACAACGCCCAGCACCCCCACGCAACCCCUCGAUAGACUCGGCCACAUCGUCCAUGUCGAGCGCCUCACACUCGCUCAGAGGCGCCGCAAACCAUGGGCCGAAACCGUCGCAGGACGCAAGCACUGCGAAUCCGCCCGACAUGGCCGCGCUCAUCGCCGCGGCUGGGUCUCCCGAGGCUGCGCUGCUGUCUUUGUGGAAGGAAAAGCAGAGUGCGUCCAGCCACAGCACCCAGCUCUGGCGGUUGGUCGAGAAACAGCGCGCCAUGAUCAUCGGUCUGCAGAAGGACUUGGAGCGCGCUUUGAAGGACAAGGACCGUUACCGGAAGAAGCUCAAAGACUACACUAACCAGGUGCCACCGAUUCCCGGCGCGCCGCAAAGGUCCGACACGUUCGACUCGGUCGUGGAACGUGACGAAAGCCAGUCGCCGGCCCCCAGCGAGACACCGGACGACUUUGCCAAGCCAAACGCCGCAGCAAAGCCUGCCGAACACAAAGCAUCGCCGCUUACACAAGAAACCUCUGCCGCUCAGCUGCUCCACGACUCGCAGCUAGCACAAUCCCCAAGCCAUUCGUCCGACGCCCACACAGCGUCCAGUCCUCCCUCGGCAGUGAACUCCCCAACCGACUUUUCGGUAAAGCCACUUACCAUUGCUAACAAGGGCCUUGGUCUAGGCACUGUCGUCGUCGAGAGCGACCCUAUCGUGGAGUCGCCCCUUCAAUCUCCCCGAGCCACGACACUUCUGAGGGACGUCUCUGCCGCUGAAGGCGGUCUGCAGGCGCCCCAGUUGUCUCUCACUCAGGCAACGCCAGUGAUUGGAGGAGACGGAUUUGAAGCACCUGCAUCGAAACCUGCGCAAGCGUUGCGGAAGGCACCCCCGGCUCCGCUCAACUUGUCCAAGCCCGUGAAGACGAGCGCGCACUUGCUCCAGGCAGACCCCGGAGAGCACGAUGACUCCGAUUACGACGACGUUCUCGAGGUUGAUGAAAUCCCAAUUCUCGAGCGAGGCAGGCGCAAGACGCGUGAAGAAGACGACAGAAUGCGCGAAGCCAUAGCGCUUAAGGAGGAAGAAACCCGCAGCAAAUCGAAGAAGAAGAAGAGUGAGAGCAAAUCAACUGUCUCUUCUCCCGAAGCAACUGAGGACGCUGAGCAGCCGCCAACAGCCAGUCUGUCGCCCCGUCAGUUCAGCCCCGUUCAAACUGGUCUUCCCUUGUCGCCACGACAUCCGCCUGCCAACUCUCUCAAUGCUCUUCUGAGCCCGGCCAACUCGGACAGCUCCAUGGUAGCACAACGGAGCAUUGUUUCCUCGCCUCUCAUGAGUCCAGGCCUGCCGACAAGUCCUCGCCCUGGAGACAGACCGCUUGGAUCACCGUUGCCAAGGAAUCCGAAACUGGCCCCGGCUUCACCGCCCAUGUCCCCAAGGAGCGCACCUAACGGAAUGCCCCCGACGCGGGCGCCGCGGCAACCGGUUCCGCUGCCACCAAACACUCCUCAGUCGUACACUUCACCCCAGACAGCACGACCGGAAGCCCCUGCGCAAGCCAAACAGCAAACGCUGGGCUUAGAUCUUUUGAAGCCGUCUUCAGCUCAGCUAAGCCCCGACGUGGGCGAUCCGUCGAGCUCAGAACAUGUGUACCGCGGUCUGGUGUCUGAUCAAUAUCCUGAUCUCUUACUUCCCCCCAAUGCCCUCCCUUCCAUUGAAGUAAAGGUAUCAUCUUCCCGGCUUAGACCGUCUCGCAUGAGCUUCCUAGCCCCUAAACCUCAAGAAGAGGACCCGGUCUUCCACCUUGCAAUAUAUGCACGGUCAGAUGGAAAGCAGCUAUGGCGUAUGGAGAAAACCAUUGUUGCACUACCUGCUUUAGAUGCCCAAUUGAAGUCGCUGUGCGAUUUCACAGGGAAGCUUCCCGAUCGAGCCUUAUUCAGCGGCCAUGCCCCUGCAAGAGUUGAUGCAAGAAGGGUGGCUCUGAACCAGUAUUUUGAUACCAUUUUAGAGACCCCAAUGAAUGAGCAAGCUGCCCUUGUUGUUUGCGAUUUCUUCUCUACGGACGUCAUGGGCGCCCAAAACGGAGAUGCUCUAGCUCCCGAGCCAGCUGCUCCACAAGCUGCACCCGCACCAAAGGGCAGGCAGAUCAAGGAGGGGUAUCUUACGAAGCGUGGAAAGAAUUUUGGAGGUUGGAAAGCGCGCCACUUUGUACUCGAUGGUCCUGAGUUCAGGUACUACGAAAUGGCGGGUGGUGCACAUCUGGGCACCAUCAAACUACUGAACGCCCAGAUUGGAAAACAAUCGCAACAGCAAUCCAAUCAGUCUCCUCAACGACGUGACGAUUCGGAGGACAACCAGUAUCGACACGCGUUUCUCAUUCUAGAGCCAAAGCGGAAGGACUCCUCAAGCCUAGUACGACACGUUCUCUGUGCGGAAAGCGACGAGGAAAGAGACGCGUGGGUCGAAGCAUUACUACAACACGUUGACUGGCAAGAAGAGUCUUCCCCAGUGGAAGGGCAGGUGCCGGUGCCGGCUAAGCCAGCGGUGCUCACCAAGGCUCAAGGGAAAGAUGCAUCGCGGUCGAGAAGAAAGGAAAGCCCUGAUCAGGACAGGUCCACCAGAGUGCAAGCUCUGAGCUACGACGAUACAGUUGCCGCAGAGGCGCCGAUGCGUGGUCCCAGUCAUCGUGAAGCCAAAGAUGGCCACGGACAGUCCCCCAAAGCGGGAUCGUUUUCACAUGAAGCUCUUCGACAGUACCCGUCUAUAUCCGGUCCAACCAAUGGUGCACCGAUUCAAAACCUCGAAAACUGGGGCAACAAGCCAGUGGCCGUUCCAACAGCUAUCAAGGAUAAAAAGCGCAGCAUUUUUGGCUUCGGAUCCUCGAGACCUCGUGGUCCAGACCCCAUGCACGAACCCUCCCUUCAUCAACAGCGUGCGCCAGAUCGUGUCAUUCAACAGAACCGCAACGUAUUUGGAAUCCCGUUGGCGGAAGCUGUGGAGUACACUCAGCCUAUAGGACUCAACGAUCCUAUUCCGUCUGUCGUAUACCGUAGCCUGGAAUAUUUGAGAGCAAAAAACGCCAUUAACGAGGAAGGCAUAUUCCGACUCAGCGGUUCCAACAUAGUGAUUCGCGCGCUCCGAGAACGAUUCAACACCGAAGGGGACGUGAAGCUCCUUGAUGGCCAAUACUAUGACAUUCACGCCGUGGCGUCUCUUCUGAAGCUGUUUCUGCGCGAACUCCCUGCAUCCAUCUUGACCCGAGAAUUGCAUCUAGAUUUUCUCAAGGUCCUCGACUUGGAUGAGCGCUCAAAGAAGAUUCAGGCGUUCAACGUGCUUGUGCACAAGCUACCACGAGUGAAUUUUGAGCUCUUACGACACAUGUCAUCGUUCCUGAUCGAAAUUGUGGACAAUGCUGGUGUCAAUAAGAUGACUGUCCGAAAUGUUGGAAUUGUCUUUGCCCCAACACUGAACAUUCCAGCACCACUGAUUUCAUUUUUCCUGACGGACUACCAAGACAUUUUUGGUAUGGCUGUUGAUGACGCAAGCCUCCAGGACCAAGAAACCCGCAUUAAUGGUCAUCUUGAUGACGAAAAUCGGUCGCCUCGACAGCAAAAAUUCUCCGACGCUCCUACUCCCGCCUAUCAUGAUUCGUCCAUCCAACCACAGGUGGCUCUGAACCAACAACAAUGGAACGGACGGCCACCAUCUUCCUUCCCUAUGAGUAACGCUCCCACCUAUCCGCCACCUCAGCCGCCUCAGCAGCAUCAACAUUACGCCCAACAUGCCAGCUAUGACACUGGGUUUGUUCCAGGUCGUCCCAGUUAUGACUCGCCCAACUACGAACAGCAGUACCACGGUGCAGAGGGCUAUGGCAAUUUGACUAGUGCAAGGCAGUCUGGGGGCGUACGCGAGCAAAAGCAAAAGCGUCGUGAAAGUUCUAUGCUUUUGAUGAACGUGGGCAUGGGUCAACGGAAGGGCUCCAACGGCUCCAACCCACCUCGUCAUAAGGAAGAUUACCGCAGCAACCCUAUGUUGAUCCGUGAGGAGACCGCUUUUGAUUGAGGCAGCCUGAUAUCCUUACAACCCCCCCUCCCUUACGAAAGAGGAUUCAAUCCUCCAGGCUUACGAACCCUGUGCGGGUUAUUA